AUGAAAGAAAACAAAGUGGACCCGGCAUUUUUAAUGUUGAAAAAUGGAAGUGUACGUUUUCAUAGUUCACAAAAAUAUCUGAAUAUAUAGCAUAUAUAAACAAGCUAUUUCUGAAUAAAUAUGUUGUAGGAGCCAUUAUUUAUUUAUUAUUUAAUAUAAAUUUGCACUUUUUAUAUUUGUUACUGUUUUCUGUCACUUACAAUACAAAGUUAGAUUAAAAAGCAAAAUAUUAUUAUUGUAUGAUUUAUUUGAUCGUGCAUAUAAUAAUGUGCUUAAUCCUAGUUUAUGCAAUAUCUGUGGUGAAAAAAAAAUAUAUUGUGGUUUCUGAAAAAAAAUCAUUGAUAUUAUAAUAUCAUAUUGGAAUGAUUAUUAGAACUUCCUAAAUCGAAAGGAACGAGUUACACGAAUGUAUGUUGUCUUAAUUUAUUAUAUUGGUUAUAUGGUAAAAUAAAAGACAUUAAAAUUAAUUCAAGUGAAUUUGAGACAUUUUAUAGACAAUUAAAAGUUUUUUUGAGAAAAAACACUUUUAAUUACAAAAUAACCAAUAAUCAUGUAUUCUAUAAAAUAUAUGUAAAAUCAUAUGAUAAAAAUGUUUUAAUGUAUACGAAAGAAUUAUAUGAUUUUGUACAUUUUUAUGAAUGGAUAGAGGAUGUAUUGGAUAAUAACUCAAGGCAGAAGGUGAUUAUGUGCAAAUACAAAAUUCAUAUUUUGAAAAUGUACGAUAAAAUGAAAAAUGUUGCAUUUCAAUAAAUUAUGGGCAGCAUGUAGAAGAAAUAAAAAUAUUUAUUGAAAUAUGUAUGAAAAUUGAUUAGCUAAGUUUCUUGGAGAUAAAUGUUUUUGUAAUUCUCUAGGAUUAAUAUUGAAUGAAGGUAAAAAAGGCAUAUGAGCAUAAGAAGAAAAUCAAGAUGAUAGAGUCUCGAGAGGAAAACAUGUUGCACCAAAAGAAGAAGAGAUGUCUAGUUUAUCAGAAGUUUCUACAUUAAAUAUAAAAAUGUGCAUAAUUAUAUCUUUAUUAUUAUUAACACAUUUUUUUGUGAAUAAUAAAUUUCUUAUUAGAAUGGAUGCAAAACAAUUAUUUAAUUACAGAAAAUAUUCAUCCAUGUGAUUUUUUUUUCUCAGAUAUACCUUUAUGAAGAUAUUUUAAAUGCAUUUCCUUCAAAAAAAAAAUUAUAUGAACAGUUAAAUAGGCAUAAUUAUAUAGACCUUAAUUUUACACAAUGUAAAUCAUUUGAAGAAAAAGAUAAAAAUAUAAAAAACAUUUGUACCAAGGCCGUAAGAAAAUAUAAAAGAAUAAAUAAAAUAGGUAAUAGAAGAACUUCAUGAAGACUGGUGUUUGCACUUUAUACAUUGAAUACAAGAUAAAAUAUGAGAACAAUAUGGCAAUACUGGUGACUACAUGCUUGGAAAUUCAUAUAUUAUUAAAUUUUUUGAUUUAAUAGUUAUUUGUAAUAACACCUCAAGCUAAUAUCCUUGCUUCUAUGAUUUUAAUAUUAAUUUAAAGGGAUAGAAAUAAGUUAUUGAUUUAAUGGAUUAUUUUAAAAUUCAUGAAAAUAUUGAUAAUACAAAAUUAUGUGAUUAUAAUGAAUUCACAUUAAAUUGCAAAUACAUUAAUGAUGUUACAGGAUUAUAUAAAAAAUAUAAAAGAAACUGUUGUGUUUACUUUUAUUAUGGUGGUUACUAGAAUAAUUGUUCACAUUAUUUUAAAUGCGAUGAUAAAUACAACCCUAAAAUGGUCUUGAAUAUUUUAAAAUGUCCUAUUGAUGUGAAUAAAAAAGAAAUAGAUGAAGAUGUGGAAUCUGUACCAUUUUGAUAGAAACGUUAUCCUAACAAGAUUAAAUUCAUUAAAGCGUUUUAAUGGACUUAAAAAUAUAUGUAUUGGAUUAAUGUAUGACUAUUUCUCUUUGUUUUCGAUGCUAUUUUUAUUAUUUUUAGGAAUACUAUUCCUAUUUUUUGUUUUUUAUAAAGUAAAUAUAAUAUGUGUUUUAAAAUACCAAUGAUUGAUAUUAUCAUGAGUAAAACAUUGUGUUUUAUAAUUACAGUUAUUGCGCAAAUUCUUUUAUAACGAUUUAACCUUUUUGUUUUUGCCUUAUAGUUUACGCCCUUAGUAAUAUGUGUACAUAUGAAAUUAAUGAACAAAAAUUUAAAUAUAAUUAUAAUCAAAAAUAUCCUCAUAAAUUGCUAA